CUGUGACGGAAUAAAAAAGGGCGUCCCUGAAAGAAAGAGAGAAACAUUUGGAAGUAAGAAGGCGUACCAGUGAGCAGCGAGUGGUCAAAUUACGAAUCAGGGUUCACCAAUUUUCAUUCUUUCAAUUUUGAACUUCAACUGAAGAUCUGAAACCAUAGAAAAUGACGAUGGAUGUUAAUCAGUUGCGGGCCAAGCUGUGCGAACACCAAUCCGCCAUGUUUCAUCAGGGGUUCUUGGAUGAUCAAUUCAGCCAGCUUCAGAAUCUGCAGGAUGAGAGUACUCCUGAUUUUGUGCUGGAGGUUGUCACCAUGUUCUUUGAUGAUUCUGAGAAUCUCCUGAAAAACAUGGCACGUUGUUUAGAACAAGUGCCUGCUGAUUUCAAACAAAUAGAUGCUUAUGCUCAUCAGUACAAGGGAAGCAGUGCCAGUGUUGGUGCUGCAAGAGUUAAAAGUGUUUGCGCUAACUUCAGGCCUUUUUGUGAGACUAAGAACCUGGACGGGUGUAUCGAAUGUUUGCAACAAUUGCAACAUGAAUAUUCUCUGUUGAAAAAUCAUCUUCAAUACUUAUUCAAGCUCCAGAAAGAUAUUAAAGCUGGUGGUGGUUCUUUCUCAUAAUAUUGAUAUAUUGAAGUGAAGUUUUUCUAUGAAGCAAUUAUUUUUUUUUUUUAAUUUUCUGGGUUAUUCGUUGGCAAUUACGUCAAAAGUUUGAACCAUGGGAUACUGGUGAUAUGAAUAACAUUUCUUGUUUGUCUCAUAAUAUACUAUUCAUUCCCAAUAAUAUGCGAGACAAAUUUUUAAGUUUUGA